AUGGCAAGCUCAAGAAUCAACGAUGAUCGCAGCAAUCGAUCUGCUGCUUUUAGAGCAGUCUUAGAGGGGAAAAGACGGUCAGUAGAAAACUUUCGCAGUUUCUGGAAGGAAGAAAGUGUGAAACCACUUGUUAAAUGUGGUGAUACUGUUCUCCAUUUUCUGGCCAUUCACGGAAAUGCGGCUGCCUUCGAAUUACUUCUCCAAGAUGGUCUUGUGACCAGUGAAACUCUGAAGGCAAAGAAUGUCAACGGCGACACUGCAUUGCAUGAAGCUGCAAGAUUUGGCCACAAGGAUGUUGCAGAGAUCAUGUUAAGGACAGAAAACGAUUUAGAAAAAGGAAGUUUUCUCACUCCUGGAAAAGCAUAUCGGUGA